AUGGCUGAUUAUGAAGGAAAGGUAGUCGCUACUGAUGUCACCUCAGGAUCAAUGAUUUUUGAGCCUAUCAUUGAGGAUGGAGUAUUCCGAUUUGAUUGUUCUGCAAAUGAUAGAAAUGCAGCAUAUCCUAGUAUCUCUUUUAUUAACAGCAAGGAUAGGGACACACCAAUUAUGAGUCACAAGAUACCUUCAUAUAUCCCAAAUUUCCAAUGUCUAUUGGGGCAGCAGAUUGUUAAACUCGAGGUCAGCAAUAGAUUUUCAAAUAGAAAUGUCUUCUCCUUUCUCAACAUGGCCGCCCCAAUUUUUGCAUUAUUUAUGUUCGCCACCCAUAACAUGGGUACAUGGUAG